GUAUGUUUUGUUAGUGUUGUGGGUUUUGGCAACAUUGGUUGCGAUGACAACUGAAAAUGAUGGAAUGUAAGAGUUGCAGAAAACCGAUAAAUAAAAACUUUUGUAAAAAUGUCUGGACAUAGAAUAUCAUUAUAAUAAAUCCAAACAACAUAAUCGAUACAAUUAAUAUUUGCCUGUCUUGCUCCCAAUAGUAAACAGCUGCAAACUUUCGAACUGGAACUAGAGUAGGAUUUCUAAGUAAUAGGCAACUAUUUAUAUUGGGAGAAAACGAGAAUACUUAUUCUUGUGGAACAUUUAAUAAGAUUUUUUUUUUUAUAGAAAAGUAAUCUAUAAGUCUGACCACCAGUCAGACUUAUGGACAGUUAAUAACUUGACUCAUGUAAUAUACGUAAUAAGAGUUUUUCACAACGAAGUAAUAUAACUAAGUACAGUGAUGUUCGUUCUGGUGUGAAGUCUCAUUCUUGUAGCUUAUGCAAUAACAGUUUUUCCCAUAGAAGUGACCGGACUAAAUACUAUCCUGUUAAAAUGGGUGAGAAAUCUUUUUCCUGUAGUAUAUGUAAUAAGUUUUUUUCAAGAAGAAGUUGUCUGACUUUACACAAUCGUAUUCACACUGGUGAGAAACCUUUUUCCUGUAGUAUAUGUAAUAAGAGUUUUUCACAAAGAGGUCAUCUGACUCAACACAAUCAUAUUCACACUGGUGAGAAACCUUUUUCCUGUAAUGUAUGUAAUAAAAGUUUUUCAAACAGAAGUGCUCUGACUAAACACAGUUAUGUUCAUACUGGUGAGAAACCUUUUUCCUGUAAUAUAUGUAAUAAAUGUUUUUUACGAAGAAGUGAACUGACUAUACAUAAUCGUGUUCACACUGAUGAGAAACCUUUUUCCUGUAGUAUAUGUAAUAAGAGUUUUUCACAAAGAGGUCAUCUGACUCUACACAAUCGUGUUCACAGUGGUGAGAAACCUUUUUCCUGUAGUAUAUGUAAUAAGAGUUUUGCACUAAGAAGUACUCUAUCUUCACACAAUCGUGUUCACACUGGUGAGAAACCUUAUUCUUGCAGUAUAUGUAAUAAGAAUUUUUAACACGGAAAUGAACUGACUAGACACUAUCGUGUUCACACUAGUGAGAAACCUUAUUCUUGUUGUUAAUUCCUUGAGUUUAUCUCUGUAAAGGAAUUUUAUGCUCACUGUUCUGUUCAUACUACUGGCUCUUUAUUUUUGUAAGUUUAUUCACAUAAUGUUUAAAUGCUAGUAUAACCUGUAUAUAAGUAUAAUAUAAUGUUCACAAGGAUAGUAUAACCUAAUAACUGAACCUGUU